CUAGCCAACCGGACCUGAGGAGAGAGUAGGCGUGCUAAGUUCGCUCGCGGCUGACCUUUCUUUGAUUGUCCUGGUUUCCGUGUGACUUGUGUGUUAGGAAAGGCGGGUUGUCACGUUUCUACAAGGCUUUCAACUAAAAGGGAAAACUUGCCCAAGUCUUCCUAGUAGAGGAAUCUCAAGAGGUGAAGCUGAACCCAGAGCUACAUGUACAGCUAAUCUUAUCAAAAUGUGUGGAAGUAAAGCAAUCUGAAGGAAAUUCAGCACCAUACAAUUUACUGACUGAAAUACAUCAUAUUAUUCAUACCAAGAAUAAGAGUGGAGAAGGACCAUUUUUUUUUCCUGCUAAAAUAAUGGAUGCAGAAGAACAACAGCUACGGAAGACAGACUUUUAUUCUGAAUUGCCAAAAGUGGAACUUCAUGCCCACUUGAAUGGAUCCAUUAGUUCUAAUACCAUGAAGAAAUUAAUAGCCCAGAAGCCAGAUCUUAAUAUCCAUGAUCAGAUGACUGUGAUUGACAAGGGAAAGAAAAGAACUUUAGAAGAAUGUUUCCAGAUGUUUCAAACUAUUCAUCAGCUUACUAGUAGCCCAGAAGAUAUUCUAAUGGUCACAAAAGAUGUCAUAAAAGAAUUUGCAGAUGAUGGUGUCAAGUACUUGGAACUAAGGAGCACACCCAGAAGAGAAAAUGCUACUGGAAUGACUAAAAAGAUUUAUGUGGAAUCUAUACUUGAAGGUAUAAAACAGUCCAAACAAGAAAACUUAGACAUUGAUGUUAGGUAUUUGAUAGCAAUUGACAGAAGAGGUGGCCCUUUAGUAGCCAAGGAGACUGUAAAACUUGCCGAGGAGUUCUUCCUUUCUACUGAGGGUACAGUUCUUGGCCUUGACCUCAGUGGAGACCCUACUGUAGGACAAGCAAAAGACUUCUUGGAACCUCUUUUAGAAGCUAAGAAAGCGGGUCUGAAGUUGGCAUUGCAUCUUUCAGAGAUUCCAAACCAAAACAAAGAAACACAAAUACUCCUGGAUCUCCUUCCUGACAGAAUUGGACAUGGAACAUUUCUCAACUCUGGUGAGGGAGGAUCUCUAGAUCUGGUGGACUUUGUGAGGCAACAUCGGAUACCACUGGAACUCUGUUUGACCUCAAACGUCAAAAGUCGGACAGUUCCAUCUUAUGACCAGCACCAUUUCAGAUUCUGGUACAGCAUUGCCCAUCCUUCUGUGAUCUGUACUGAUGAUAAGGGUGUUUUUGCAACACAUCUUUCUCAAGAGUACCAGCUGGCAGCUGAAACAUUUAAUUUGACACAGUCUCAGGUGUGUGAUCUCUCUUAUGAAUCCAUCAACUACAUCUUUGCUUCUGACAUCACCAGAUCUGAACUAAGGAAGAAAUGGAAUCACCUGAAGCCCAGAGUGUUACACUUCUAAGCUGUAAUGAGGUGAACUACUUCUGAGUAUGUUGAAUCAAGGUGUUCCUGCCAUAUCCCACUUAGUAAAACAGGCCACCAUUUCUUUGAAGCAUAGCAGCCAAGUUCCAUGGGCUCCAUCAUCAGCAACCUUACACAUGAUGCUCAGUAAAUAUGUCUUAGACUCA